AUCAAUCAGUUUUCCAAGACACGUUUGCCACUAAUGACAUCCCGAAGGCAAAAACUCAUAACAACUGUGACAUCAGGAUCAAGGUCAAGAACAUGGUACCGGCGGGGGUGCUUGGAAAAAACAUGAUAAUUAUACAGUUUUAUUAGUCCGUGGUGCUGUGUUGGAAGUUAAAAGGACACAAGUAGGAUAAAUGAACUACCAGAUAAACGCACGAGAGAGAAUAUAACUGCAAAUACUGGAGUGGGAGAGAAGUAGAAAGAUCUGAAGAGGGCACGAAAGCAAGCACCGAAGAAGAAUUAAGAAGUUAACAAUGGCCGGGAGAGAUGCCAACCCGUCCUUGCUUGAAAUUGACGACAGCAUCAUACGAAAACAACUACUUCUUCAGGGUGAAGAGAAUGAGGAACUUAAGAGUCUAUUUCCAUCAACAACUGCACCUAAGAAAGCUGCCACCAUCAAGCCUAAACCAGGAGUGUGUUUGAAGACCCGAGAGGAUGGUGGUGGGAAGGUAUUUAUAAAUGUAUGCACAAGUGAUGUCCUCCCAGCCCCUGAGGACAUCACAGACCAGGAACUCAUCAAGAUAUUGGAGUCUGACCAGCCCUCAGACUUUCGUGUUCCCAUGUCCAUUGGACCCCCCCACGAGGAGAAAGAUAAGUCUGGGGAGAACUGUGUGGCAUAUGAUGUAGUGAUCAGCCCCAAGUUCUUUACCAAAAUGGAUGAUAGUCCUCUAUUUUACAAUUUCUUUGUCCUUGCCAUGAUGGAGGGCAUAGAGGAGAAGUAUUCCAUCACACUGGAUAAGAAUGGAUGGACUGCACUCAAGAACAAAAAAUACCACGGGGAUCUGUCUGACCAGAUGGUACUCACAUCCCUCCCCAUGGUGCAGGAGCUGAGUGCUGCACGCCACUGGAAGCCAAGUGAUGUGCCACCUUCAGCUGCCAGCACCCUAUCAGAUGCACCAAAGACUCAUUCUGAACCACUAAUUUCAGAAGUUUCAACAAAGAUUAUCUCAGAGAAAAAAUUAAAAGUUAAGACUCAGCCAUCCUUCACUCUUAGUAAAUCAACUGGAGAAAAUGGUGUGGAUGAUCUUGUGGCAGAGGUGGAACUCCCAAAUGUGCUCACAGGACAGAAGGUUCAGGUGGAUGUGGGUGAGGAUAGGGUGCUGCUGGAGACACCCGUGAAUCUACUUGAUGUCUGUGUUCCAGUUUCCUUAGACAGCAAGAAAGCCAGGGCAUACUUCAUUACUUCUUCCAGGGUUCUGGUAUUGAGAGUGCCCAUCCUCCACUCCUGAGUUGUGGGAACCAUGCUUCAGAAUAAAUGCCUUAUUAAUGAAUAGCUUUGUGUCUUUGUUGGAGAAUAUUCUGUUUAACAUUUUUAGGGCAUUUUGCAACAGAUCUCUCAACACUUUUCUUGAUGAUUACACAGAAAAUUUGAGUUUGAAACAAGCUUAAAUAUAGAUGUAAUAUAGUUAGUAUUAUUGAUGCCAUCAGAAUUUUCCGUUUUCAUCAAUAGGAUCUAGUGUAAUGGAAAGACUCAAAUGUUCAUCAUAAUUAUCGUGUUAUAUUUGAGAUUACAUUCUAAAGCGUUUUAACUUGGUGUUAUUGAGAUGACAAAGCAUAGCUAAUAUAUAAAUUAUAUUAUUACCUUUGCACAAUAACAACCCGACAAAGAAAUAGUUAAUAACUGUGUGCCUUUUAGAUGAGAUUAAAUAAUACCUUGUUACUUAAUGUAACAUGUUCUGGAAAUUUACUCAGUAAUCAGUGGUUUCCUAUUAUUUAAUAACUGAGUAAAGCACUACAAUAAGGAAA